GUGGGACAGUCCCCUGGUUGAUCUGCUUUUCUCCAACCAGUAUCUUCAGAUCACAACUACUGUGCCAUCCACUUCGGUGUACGGGUUUGGUGAACAUGAGCACCCAUCCUUAAGCACAGCAUGGACUUCAUUCCUAUGGCAUAAACAGGCACCAAAGCCAUUUGCCAACCUCUAUGGAGUUCACCCUUUCUAUAUGUGUGUAGAAGCCGACUCCAACGCACAUGGUGUUCUCCUUCUCAACUCCAAUGCACAAGAUGUUUCUCUGAGUCCAAACCCAUCCCUAACUUUCCGAACUAUUGGAGGGAUCCUUGACUUCUAUGUCUUCCUUGGACCAACUCCUGAAAAUGUAAUUCAGCAGUACACAGAGGCCAUUGGACGCCCACACAUGCCUGCCUACUGGUCUCUGGGAUUUCAUCUCUCCAGAUGGGGUUAUGGCAGCAUUGAUGUUUUAAAGAAAACCGUCAAUCGCAUGCACUACUAUGACAUCCCAUACGAUGUCCAGCACCUUGACAUCGACUACAUGGAACGUCGCCUGGACUUUACUUAUGAUAAAGUGAAUUAUGCAGAUCUGCCAGAGUACCUUCAACAGCUGAAGAGGGAAGGAAUGCACAAUGUCGUGAUUCUGGACCCUUUUGUAACUAAGGAUGAAGAACCAGGCACUUACAGACCUUACGAUCUCGGAGAGGAAAUGGGAGUCUGGGUGAACAACUCUGAUGGCGUAACUCCUGCUGUUGGAAAGGCUUUGGCCCCGGGAGACUCGGUGUUUCCUGACUUCACCAACCCCAGGACAGUUGAAUGGUGGACCCAGAUGUGUCUGGAGUUUAAGGAUGUCCUUGACUAUGAUGGAAUCUGGAUUGAUAUGAACGAACCGUCCAAUUUCUUAAGAGGCCAGUAUCCUGGAUGUGCUGUUAAUGAUAUCAAUAACCCUCCUUACGUUCCUAGCAUUUCUGGUCAUUCCCUGUCAGAAAAGACAUUGUGUCCUGACUCCAAGACCUACCUGGGAGAGCACUAUAACACCCACUCUCUCUUUGGCUGGGCACAGACAGCACCAACCUUCCAUGCUGUCCAGCAGGCAACUGGAAAGCGAGCGUUCGUCUUGAGUCGGUCUACAUUCGUUGGCAGUGGGAAGCACGGGGGUCACUGGCUGGGUGACAACUUAUCUCAGUGGAAGGACAUGCACCAGUCAAUCAUUGGAAUCCUGGAAUUCAACCUCUUUGGCAUCCCCUACGUUGGUGCUGAUAUCUGUGGGUUUAGCUAUAACACUACCUAUGAACUCUGCUUGCGCUGGAUGCAGCUUGGCUCUUUCUAUCCAUUUGCCAGAAACCACAAUGAAGAGGGAAAUAAGGAACAAGACCCAGCGGUGUUCGGAGAAGAGUUUGCCAAGAUAGCUCGCGCUACGCUUCGGAUCAGAUACUCACUGCUGCCAUACUUGUACACUUUGUUCUUCGAGUCUCACGUUCACGGAAACACAGUGGUGCGGUCACUGAUGCAUGAAUUUACCUCCGAUGAGCAGACUCGUGGAAUAGAUACUGCCUUCCUUUGGGGACCUGCUUUUAUGAUUGCUCCCGUUCUUGAAGAGGGAGCAAGAUCCGUGGAUGUAUACUUCCCCGAAGCAUCAUGGUUUGACUACUAUACCGGUCGUAAACUGCCAAGUACCUGGAAAAAGAACUAUGCUACUGUGGCUGCCCCAUUGAGCAAGAUCCCUCUGUUCAUCCGUGGAGGCUACAUCCUGCCAGAACAGGCACCAGCCACAACCACUACUAAGAGCCGUCUGAAUCCAUUUGGACUCAUUAUUGCCCUGGAUGAACAAGGAGAAGCUUCUGGGUCUCUCUUCUGGGAUGAUGGUGAUUCAAUCGAUACAAUCGAAAAUGAGAACUACUUCUUGGCUAAAUAUACAUACAGCGAAGGAAACCUGAAGACAGAAAUACUUAAAAAUGGCUACCGAGGGGCUGACACUCAGGAGUACAACAAAAUUACGAUUCUUGGCCUGAAACAGAGACCUCAUGCUGUUGCUGUGAAUGGAAGAGACAUCCAUAGAGAUGCUUUCACUUAUGAGCAGAGUGGG